UGCGGAGCCUCCGGAAGUCAACAGGAGGGUACGGAUAGUAACAACGAGGAACGGACUUCCAUGGUCUGCGCCAGCCUGAUCCCGCUCGAUUUAAUGAGUCGUGACUUUAAUGGUGGCCCGUGAGACGGAAUUUGCCCCAGGGGGGGACUUUAGUUUUACCUGGCCAACCCGGCUCAGACGCAGAGCUGAUGGAGGGAGGCAGGGCUGAGUGCGAUGCCAGUCCGGAGCGCUGUUGAGCCUCAUUUAGCGCAGACUCGGCUGCGGAGAGGGAGCGGUCUGCUUUCUCGCUCGACCAGUGUGAAUUCUCAGUUCGUAUGUUUCUAGAAGUGAUUCGAGAUCUUUCUCCGAAGAAAUUAAGAAAAAACAAUCCAGGAUUUGUAUGCGUGUUUCUCGGCGACGGAAUGGUGAUGUAACCGGUUUCCACGUGCAUUUGGAAGUGGCGUGAGAGGAGCAAACUGCAGCGUGUGCUUAAUUGAAAUCGAUCCGGUGGUCUCUUUUUGAAUGUGAAGCUGCACCAGAGGUUCUUUCUCCUCUCCUCCCUCCUUCCCUCCCUCCUCUCACCUCCAACAUGACUUCACUGUCAGGGACCAAGGAGAGGUCUGUGAGCAGCCGGAGCAGAAAAUAUGGGAUGCCUGAUACUUCCCCGACCAAAUCUGCUUCCUUUUUCCCGGACACAUGGUACCGAAAGGCCUACGAGGAAAACACUCGCUCCGGCACACGCCCCGCCCCGGAGGGUGCCGGCUCCAUGCCGAGCUCCACGGGCACCCCGUCCCCAGGCUCAGGAAUCUCCUCACCAGGGUCUUUCUCCGGAUCACCAGGGACCAUCUCUCCGGGGAUUGGGACAGAAUCGCCGGGUUCUCUGGGUGGCUCCCCGGGUUUUGGGACAGGAUCACCAGCCUCAGGCAGCGGAAGUUCCCCUGGUAGUGAACGAGGAAUUUGGUGUGAGAACUGCAACGCUAGGCUGGCAGAGCUGAAAGGACAAGCAUUGAAACUGCUCAUCCCUGGACCCUACUCCAGCAAGGACCCCUCCUUCUCUCUCCUCCUUCAUGAUAAGCUUCAGGUGCCCAACAGUUCUCGGCGGGCGUGGAACGAACGUGAUAGUCGCUGUGAUGUCUGUGCCACUCACCUCACGCAGCUCAAGCAGGAAGCCGUGCGAAUGGUCCUCACUCUCGACCAGUGGGAUUUGUCUCCCCCCUCUUCGCCUCCGGCCCUCUUUGGAAGAUAUGGAUCUCAAGGACCUACGGGUCCAAUCGGAGCAUCUGGAGCACCAGGAGGUCCUGGUUCACGGGAGUGGAUUCCUGCUUUUCUUCCUUCCUCUUCCUCUUCAGCUGGUGCUGCCGUUUCACACUCGUCCUCCCAGUCACCUUCCCCAAGUCCCAGCCAGACCCCAACGCCCAGCCCGAGCCACGGACCAUCCAACCCCAGCCAUGGGAGUCCCUCGGUGGGACAAACAUCCGGCUGUGCUCCCACAAACCCACAACCUCAAGGUCCAGGUCACAGAUUGGGGUCCAAGCCCAGUUCCCUGGGGCUUGGAGGUGGGGUGGACAGAAGGAAUGGGUCCCCCAGUUCAGGAAAAGCUGUUGCCCAACCAGUGACUGGAGUAAACAGCACUGGCAAUAAUAGUGUUAAUGGAAGUGGAGCAGUACUGAGUACAACAGCUCUGCAGGCCCAUCAGCACCUGAACCGAACUAAUGGAGGAGUUACACUCUAUCCGUACCAGAUCUCCCAGAUGAUCUCUGAGGACUCCAGAGAAGGUUUGACCGAGGCGGCCCUGAACCGCUACAACACAAACUCUCCUUCGCACACCAAUUCAACAUCACACACAAACUCGCCCUCUCACACAACAGCUGUAACCACAACCGUGCCGACCACCACCACCUCUGCUGCCGCCUCCUUCUUUGCCAGAGCUGCACAAAAGUUGAACUUAGCAUCCAAGAAGAAGAAGCAGAAGACUGCGGCGGUCUUGGCCCCCGUGACAACAUCCUCCCCGUCAUGUGACCCCCCCCUGUUCCCUAAAUUUAGCUCCGCUCUGUUGAUGGCCCCUCCCCCGGCUCCACCCUGCCUUCUCCGUGCAGCCAACAAAAUCAAAGAUACACCUGGGCUUGGAAAGGUGAAAGUGAUGGUUCGUGUGUGCCCAGAGUCUCAGUCGGACGCAGCCGAGUCCAGUUCCUUCCUCAAAGUGGAUUCCAGGAAGAAACAAAUCACCAUCAUGGACCCCUCAGUCAAUCAGACACCAAGCGCUGCGUCCCAGAAAAAGGCGGGAGCCAAUCAGGUCCCUCCAAAGAUGUUCACCUUUGAUGCUGCUUUCCCUCCUGAUGCAUCACAGGCGGAGGUGUGUGCGGGAACGGUUGCCGAGGUGAUUCAGUCGGUGGUGAACGGAGCAGAUGGCUGCGUCUUCUGCUUUGGACACUCCAAACUGGGUAAAUCCUACACCAUGAUUGGCCGGGAUGACUCUCUCCAGACUCUGGGUAUAAUCCCCUGUGCCAUUUCCUGGUUGUUUAAACUCAUCAAUGAGAGGAAGGAGAAAACAGGAGCACGUUUCUCUGUUCGUGUCUCUGCGGUCGAGGUUUGGGGAAAAGAGGAGAACCUUAAGGAUUUGCUGUCUGAAGUAGCCACAGGCAGCUUACAGGAUGGACAGUCACCUGGAGUCUACCUAUUUGAGGACCCCAUCUGUGGCAUGCAGCUCCAGAACCAGUCUGAACUGCGUGCUCCGACCCCAGAGAAGGCAGCCUGGUUUCUGGAUGCAGCCAUAGCAGCUCGCCACAGUAGCCAACGCCCCAACACCACCGAAGAAGAGCACAGAAACUCACACAUGCUGUUUACAUUACACAUAUACCAAUACCGCAUGGAAAAGACGGGCAAAGGAGGAAUGUCAGGAGGUCGCAGUCGCCUCCACCUGCUGGACUUGGGCAGUUGUGAUCUCAAAGUACUCGGAGGAGGAGGGGUAGAAGGAGGAGGGGUAGAAGGAGGAGGAGGAGGUGGGAAAAGCAAGGAGAACACUUUGCCCAGUUCGGCCCCUCUGUGCCUUUCUCUAUCUGCCCUCGGCAACGUGAUCCUGGCCCUGGUCAACGGGAGCAAGCACAUCCCAUACAAGGACAGCAAGCUGACCAUGUUGCUAAGGGAGUCGCUAGGCAACAUGAACUGCCGGACCACCAUGAUUGCUCACAUCGCUGCCUCACCCAGAGAUUUCUCAGAAACCCUUUCCACCAUCCAGAUUGCUUCCCGUGUCCUCCGCAUGAAAAAGAAGAAAACUAAAGUCACGGUGCAAUACACUUCCAGCUCCUCUGGAGGAGAGAGCUCCUGCGAGGAGGGUCGCAUGCGUCGGCCGACCCAUCUGCGACCUUUCCAUCACCGUGGUGACUCCGACUCUGACGUUCCGUUGCUGCGACUGUCUAGUGACCCUGACGAAUAUUCCAGCAGCGAGCAGUCAUGUGACACGGUGAUCUACGUGGGCCCGAAUGGGGCCGCAGUGUCAGAUAGAGAGCUGACGGACAACGAGGGACCACCAGAAUUUGUACCAAUUAUUCCUGCUUUGCUUCGAGGUAAAACGUCAGAGCAGCAUCAAACACAAAGUCAAAGUCAGGUGGCUGGAUCCCAGAACAAGGUGCAGUCUCAGCCAGAAGACCAACCCAGUGUCUCCUCUCAGCCUCUGCCUCAGCCCCCUCAGUCACUGCUCGGGCAGCCGUUGGCCCCAGUCCCAGAGGAAGGAGGCGAGUGCCUGAAAUGCAACACCUUUGCUGAGCUGCAGGAGAGACUGGGAUGCAUUGAUGGCAGUGAAGAGGUGGCAAAAUUCCCCUUUGAAGAAGUUCCAGCAAACAAACAAGGUGCCAAACAAGAGCCAUUUCCAUCUUCAGCUGUCCCAACCUCAGCUCCUUCUGCUCCUGACUCUGCUGCUGUGUUGGAUACAGAAACUAACACAGGCUCUGCAUGUGCUGUAGGUGGUGCAGUGCAGUUCUCCUCCUCAGCAGCAACAGCCUCCAGGAGGAGGACCAAUGACCAGCAGCUGCAGGAGAUCAAGGAGGUGGUGGAAGAAGCAGAGCUGGCUCAGACAAUGAUCCACAACCUGGCUCAGAGUUCUGGUUCCCCCAUCGUUACUUGUACCAGGAGUGUUACAGGAAGCAGCAGCAUCACCUCUAGCCCCCUAAACAGGGCUAAGAGCUCCGUGCAUGAUGGUAACACAGACGGAAAGGCCCGGCCACUAGGAUCACCCCGCCUCGGCAUCGCUAGUUUGACCAAAACCUCAGACUACAGGCUUCCGUCCUCCCCGUCCCAGCGGUGUAAAGUGUACACCCAGAAGUGCGUGAUGCCGGCAACACCCCCCUUGUCCUCAAACACUCUGGCUCAAGACGGACAGGCCACAGAUGCUUUGACCUCAGACAACAGUUUGGCUGCAGACAGCGGUCGAUCCUCACCAGAGUCCCUGCUGUCCAGGACUUCUCCAGUGGGCAUGAGCCCACAAGUGCGAGAGCCAGCUCAGUCUCUGUCUGCCAGCCUGGGAUCAGCAGAGACACUCUGUGACGAUGACGUCCCACCGAUUCCCCUGGACACGCACAGGGAUGGACCAGUAGCUGCUGUCGGAACAGUUGGACCUUUCUCGCAUGGAGAGGAUGAACCGGUGUACACUGUAGCUUCUGAAGGUGAGGAGGACCUUGAUGUUACAGCUCUUAUGCAGACUCAGGGACUCACCUGUCGUCCAACGAGCAUCAUCAGCAUCAAAGGUGAUUGUUGCCCUUUCACUGCCCUUGCUUCAGGCUCUCACGCAUCGUGCUUUGUCAGUACUGGCGAGGAUGGAGCUGUGGAGGAUUAUCACAUGUCUGCAGGUCCUGCAACAACCUCAGGAGUUACGGAUGUGGCUGCCAUGGCAGAGGUGGCCAUGGCCAAGCUGCGAAUAGAGGGUGAAGCCUUUUCCACAGUGAUGUCUAACUGUGGUUCGCCCAUCUCCUCCUGGAUGAGUGAUCUGAGCAUUGGCAGUGAAGCUGACCAGUCUCUCCACAGCUUCAGUCAGUCCCAGAGCCAGCAAGGGGAGGCCCUGGCUGAACCUGAACCCAACCAGAGCCUUUCGUUCGGAUUGGAUGGUCUGGGUGGUUAUGAGAACAGUGGCAGCCCGAGAAGGGGGAGUCUGGAGGGAGAGGUGGUGCUGUCAGAAAAUGGGGGUAAUAAGGCUACUGCAACCAAAGACAGGCUGAGAAAACUGCCUCCAUCCAUGGCUAAAACUAACAUCCAAAUUUUUGCACGACCUGGUAACCUCUCCCCCUUCAAGACCACCAUCAGUGUGCACCCAUGUGCGGCUGUCAAACCCAUGGUUAUCCAUGAACCAACCAUCCUCUCUUCACCUACCAAUACCCCAUAUUUGCCUAUGAAAGACGCAGGCAAAUAUAAUGCAUCGCUUUUAGCUUCUAUUUCCAGUGAGAUGAGUUUUGAAGACCCCUGGUUAAAGCGCGUUGUGGAGGAGGGGAGGUCCAGGGAGCUUGUAUGUGAAGUGAAGCCAGAGAAGAGGGACAUGGAGCAUUUAAAAUGUCAGACGGGAACUGCGACCAGAGACCUCCGAAGCUUCUGCAAGGAUGGUGGGGAUCAUGGCAGCUCUAGUUCAGGUGGGGAGAUUGUGUCGUCUCCAGAUUCCUUUAAGAGAGUGGUGGAUGGCUGUGAGAUGGUGGCCAUUGUUGCCCAGGGAGAAUGUCUGACGAGUAUCUACAGCCCAGACAUCCACCGCACUGCCAGUCUUCCCCGUGGCUGGCACCGCCUCAACCGCCAUGACGGCUUGGACAAUGGCAACGAGUAUCGUAAUCUUGGUGUCACCACUUCAACCCCCUGCAGUCCUCGAGGCACACUUGACCGCCGGGGAUCCACUGGAAAACUAGGCUUUUUCUCCCACAAGAAGGGGGGAAUCCCACCUCUGCCACCGAUACGGAAGUCCAGCCUUGACCAGCGCAACAGGGCAGCCAGCCUUCUCCACCAACCCAGCCACGGAGUGUCAUUGCUGGGCAUUUUGGCAGAUGAUGCAGGGAUCACUAGACAACGAGGCUCCAGCAUAGACAGCAGCAGACUCUUCAGCGCCAAGUUGGAACAGCUUGCAAACAGGACCAACUCUCUGGGUCGGGUCCACACCUCCCACAGUGGUUCCCACCACUACGACUGCUUCUCUCUGGAGAGAGGGGGUAGCCUGAGAGGGGGAGGAGUAGAGGUGAAGGGGGACAGCACCAUGCCUCGUACCGGGCGUAGUCUCAACCGUGCCGGAUCAGUAUCUUCUCCCACUGGAAACAUCAGUGUCGGUCCCGGUCCAAGCAGCGCUCCACAGUCACCUGUCAAAACCAGCGGCCAGUCAAAGAUCUCAGCAGUCAGUAAGCUGCUGAUGACCAGCAGCCCCAAAGCCAGGAGUCUGUCUGCAUCCAGCACCAAGACUCUGAGCUUCUCCACCAAAUCUUUGAGCCAAGCUUCCAGCCGCAGCUCCAGCCUUCCUCCUAAUGGAAAGACCCAGAGCUCAGUCCAGGGCCCUCUGCAGCAGCAGGGACCUUCCCCUGGAUCCUGGUCGACCCAGUCUUUAAGCCGCAAUCGAGGGGGGAGCCUGGCUGCCAAGCUGCCUCUCCGGGCUGUCAAUGGUCGAAUCUCAGAGCUCCUCCAGGGAAGUGCAGGCUCCCGUUCCAGAAAUCAUGCCCCAGGAGGAGGCACAGAUCCAGCAGAGGAAAGAGGAGUCGGAGGGGCAAGUGGAGGAGGAACUGCAGCAGGAAGUGGUGGUGGUGGAGGUGGAGGUGGAAGUGGUGCUGGAGGUAGUAGUGGAGGUGGUCCGGUUGAGGAGAAGAUAGCAGUGGUCCAAACGCUGCCCUCACCCUACAGCAAGAUCACAGCUCCCAGAAAACCACAGCGCUGCAGCAGCGGCCAUGCUAGUGACAACAGCAGCGUACUGAGUGGAGAGCUCCCCCCAGCCAUGGGGAAAACAGCCUUGUUUUAUCACAGUGGAGGCAGCAGUGGCUAUGAGAGCAUGCUGAGAGACAGCAGCGAGAACACAGGAAGUACCUCCUCCGCUCAGGACUCUCUCAGUGAGCACAGCUCAGCCACCACCUCCUCCAGACGGAGCUCCAAGAGCAGCAAGAAGAGCAGGAGCAACACAGGCCUGCAGCGUCGUCGUCUGAUCCCAGCACUGACCUUGGACUCUUCCUCCUCCUCACCUUCUCACCGCUCCUCCAAACAGGCCAUCACCUCCUCUUCCUCCUCCUCCUCUAGCCCAGGUGCAUGCUGGGUAGAUGGUCCACUGGGGCCCCCAACUCCCUCAAACCUCCGUGGCACGACUGCAACGACAGAAACCUUUGAGAUCAAGGUCUAUGAAAUAGAUGAUGUCGAGCGACUGCAGAAGAGGAAAGACAAAGGAGUGGGCAAGGAGGUGGUGUAUGUCAGCGCCAAGCUCCGUCUGUUGGAACACCGUCAGCAGAGAAUCAGUGAAGUCAGAGCCAAGUACCAGUGUCUGAAGAAGGAGCUGGAACAAACCAAACAGCACCUGAUGCUGGAGCCGCACACAUGGACCACCGAGUUUGAGCUACAACAGUCCUACGAAGUAGACUCACUGGAGUAUUUGGAGGCUCUGGAGACAGUGACAGACAAACUGGAGACCCGAGUCAACUUCUGCAAAGCCCACCUCAUGAUGAUCACCUGCUUCGACGUGUCCUCGAGACAUCGGUAGACAGAUGGAGGGAUGGAGGGCUUGAGGCUGGGGAGGCCGAAACACAGCUGGACUCAAUUAGAUGACGACCUUUGGACCAUAUGCCCACCGAUUAAUCAAAAACCUUUACAAAAUAUCUCCUACACAAAUACAUCUCAUCAGAUGACUGGAUAAUUGCAAGGAGGGAUACAGGAAUGACUGACCACUCAAUCCUGCAUGUCAUCCGUAUGUCUCCUCCAGAUGGCCGUAGGCAGAAGGACAGGUGGACGGGGAGAUGGAGGGAUACAAUGGAGAAUGGAGAUAGAUAUUUAACAAGCCAACAGACAGAUGAGUCCUUAUUUUCUUGGGGCUUGGAAACAAACCUCAGACACAGAUAUUGAACAGCAUCAUAUGAAGGGGCCACUUUGAAUCAGAUGAAUAUGGCUACUCAAAGAGGCACACAGACGAUUCUGAGUCUGAGAUGAAACAUAACCAAGAGAAUAUGAGUUUCCAGAGAUUCAGAAUAAUUACACCGCUCAGAAAACUCUUAGACUGAGCCGAACAUUUAGGAAUGUGGAGAGGAAAGAGUGGAAAGUCGAACAAAAACUGCCCAUUUUUUAAACAAAGGAGGAUAAAGAAAAGGUGCAGGAGAAUGAGAUGAACUCCCAUCAUUUUAGAAGAGCACUUUUUAGAGUUUAAAUACAGAGUGCUGACUACAGAAUGACCUGGUAUUGUUGUGUAGUUAUUAAAAGAGACUGACCAAGAGAAAGACAGGAGGACAAAGUAAAAAUUAUUUAGAUAAGUGCCUUGUGAACAUUUCAACAAUACCAAGACCAAUUCUCUUUCUCUCUGAAUUUGUGUACAUGUAGUAAAUAUGGUGCUAGCAUAGAAAACACACAACAGAUCAGUGUCCUUGGGGAAUCUUUGAAUUUAUAGCCAUUUCUGACUGUGCUGUUUUACUGUGGGUCAAUGUUUCACUAUAUCAUAAACAAACUAAUACUGUAGGUUUGAAUAGUCUUUGGUACACUGAUGAGAGAUGAGACUAGAUUUAAACUAAAUAAAAUAGUCAAAGAAGAUCUACAGAACAUAGAACAACAAGUCCUCUGUAAAACAAAACAAAUGUUGCAAGGACCAAAUAUCCAAUUUGAAAAACAUACAUGACUAAUGUGCACAAGAGUAAUGUGUGUUCAAACAAAGAAAGAAAACACAAUUUUCUAUGGUGAUGUUUUUGACUUUACCCACAAACAGAGCACCUGCAUCUGAGCAUCUGCAUUUUGACCCUCUGGGGCAUACAUACAGCAUGUUUCUCCUGAUACAGAGUUGAUGGCUUUUUCAUGUUCAUAAAGCAAUGAAACGUCUGAGUCACACGGGAGUGGAAAUAUAAAGUGUUUUCUCUGAUCCAUUGAUUGACUCGACUGUCAGACUGACUGACAGGCGGACUGUCUGUUAUUUGUAUCUGUGUUGUUCUGCUCUAUUAUAAAAGAAACGGAAUGAUUCGUCAAUGUGUGUGUUUUAUAUUAAUGUAUCGUUUUUUUUAUUUGAGUGCAAUGGGACCAUGUAGAGACUAUGUAUGAUAGAGAAUCAAAGUAGGUUAAAGAGAUGUUUAAGAGUAAAUUGUGAGGAACAGACAAUACACAAGAGAUAAGUUCAUUGAUAUUCAGUGUUAAAUGUCCUUUUUUAAAGGCUUGUAUUAUUGGAACAAAGUAGUGAAUUUAGCCUGGAAAUACAUACAUGGGUCUACAGUUAUAGUUCUUCAAUUAAAAUUGCACAUACAUGAUAAAGGAACAAUUAAAAAAUAUGUAUAAAGGAAUGAAACGGAACAAGAAAGAAAAGGAUAACGGCCAAAUUAAGACGCAUAGUUCUCUGCCUGGUUCCAUUUUUGUUUUGAACGGAUAGCAACUCUUAAGAUUUGUUAAUAUUAUUAUCUAUGGUGCUUGAGAUGUUUAUGAUCUAAAUGUUUGUACAAAUAUAAAUAUAUGAAAGAGCCCAUUUCCUUCUGAAAUACAGAACAAUACCCUUCGAAUGCUUCUUCUACAUUGCUGUCAUCAUGUCUGUUGUUCACCAUUCUCCUCUCUGAAUGUCUUCUGCCCAGCAAGCAGAGAGCAUUCUGGGAGAUUGUUUGUUGUUUGAGAGUUUAAAAGGAGGAAUAGACACCGACUGUAAUGAUAGUGGUAUGAUUUGUCAAAAGCCUUGAAGUGAUACAUUUAUCUUUAUCCUAAAAGAGCCAACUCAGUUGUGAUUGUUUCCACUGACUGACACAGAAACAGGACAUUACUUUAAAUGUGUUGAUCUUCUCACGGCUGUGUAAAGAGGCACCAGUCAUUCAUUUCAUUUGGUUUACACUCACAGUGACAGCAACAAGAUAAUCUAGUGAGAAAUUAGCCCAGAAACUGAGAUGCUUUUGACAGACUGGACCUAAGGAGCGUUUUCACAGCAGCCCUGUGACACCUCUGAACGCUUCCUGUUUUUAUCUCCCAGUUCACCAUGCCAGUCAUGAAUGAAGGUUUAUUUAUUUCUACUCACGAGAGCAGAGUCAAUUAUUAAUGUUCUUAUUUAUUAAUGUAUGAUCUGAAAACAUUACUAUGCAUUUAAGGAAAAGAAACAAACAACUGUACAUACUUUGCUGAGCCCAUGUCACAAAUAUAUAUACUGUACACAUAUCAUAUAUACGCUAAUUUUUAUUUUAUAUAUUUUCUGUUGAUUUGGUUUGCUCCUGUUGUUCCUGUUGGAGAUUUUAAUGGGCUUUGGGUUUCCUAAAACAUUCACUUUCAGGGUAGUUAUGUGGCUCCAGAUCAGAACUUAAAAAUGAUGGCACAUUUUUGACGUAUAAAGCAGAAAGCAUUGUUGUUUUAAGUGAAAUGUCCUUUUAUUCUACAGUACUAACUACAGCCUAGUGUCAUAAGCAGUGGAUGUUUUGGGAACCCCAACCUCUGGAUGAGCUAAAUGGCCUGUACUUGUUUCCAGAUGUAAGAUGCUAUGUGUGAGGUUAUGUCCUUGAUGUGUCACUGCCAAAUCUACUGCGGUAGCGCUUUAUAAUUCUAGCAAUAAUUGUGACAAAAACCUGAGGUUUUGACGGCCCCUAUAGCUAACAUCAUAGUCCAUGUAAGCUUAAUAAAGGUGCCUUUUUUUUAUUUAUCAGAAGCAGCUAUGCUUAAAGAGAUGCACUCAUUGUCAGGUGCUUUAAAUACAAUGAUUCAUGGCAGAUUGCAGGGCAGCAGAACAAACACACAGUCUAAUGUGCUGUUAUGUGUUUUACUGGAGCGUUUAAGAAUUAUAACGUGUUAUCUGGAAAUCUGACACAUAGCAUCUUUAGGUUCAGUAUUGUGUGUUUAAGGCUGUCUCAGACCACAUUUCCCACAAAACUGAUUGUAUCUGUAGCAGUAAGACCAUUUUAAUUUGUAUCAGUUUUAAGACAGCGGGGAAAGCCCUAAACAACUGAUUAAAACCAGUCUGUGUGUCAACUUAAAUUGUCAAGAAGUUAUUUCUUAUACAAAUAACCUAGCGUCGGGACACACUCAGUGUAAAAGAUAAAGAUUUCACUGUGUUGGUUCCAUGAUUCAAAACUGAGAUCAUAAUGUCCGCUGCAGAUUAACUGUUUUUGAGAAAUGUGAUCUGACACAUUGUGUUAAUGGAAGAGCAAGA